AUGAUGACGUGCCGUCUGCUGUGCGCCCUGUUGGUGCUUGCCCUGUGCUGCUGCCCGUCCGUGUGCGUGACAGCGACGGAGGGUAGCGGAGAACAAAAAGGGGCCAACGGUUCACCAACUGCUCUGUCACCGGGAGCAGGUGGUGCAGAGUUAACAAGUACUUCGACGGAGACAAGUUCAACAGGUAUGACAGUUACGUUAGCGAACAAGGAUCAAGUGCGGGAACCCGCUCUGGCAGGGAACUCAGAUACAGGAGGUUCGGAGAAUAUUCCAAAAGAGGUACCAGGUGGGUCCGAUGAGUCAGGGUCGCCAGGUGGGUCAGUUAGCCCAGCUGCAGCACCAAGUUCCGUGACAGCUUCUGUACCGGCACAAAGUCAGAAGGAAAAUGCGCCAACAACAACAACCACUACGACGACAAAAGCACCAACUACCACCACCACUACGACAACCACUCGCGCACCGUCACUUCUUCGCGAAAGCGACGGCAGCCCCAGCAGCUCUGCGUGGGUGUGUGCCCCGCUGCUGCUCGCCGUAUCCGCGCUGGCGUACACCACUCUGGGCUGA